AGUCGUUGAUCCCGUCGCAUCAGAACGUAAUAAAAUGGAAACCGAACACAUUGGGUACGGGUUAAUCGUGUCUUUUUUUUUUCAACCAAUUGAUGCAGAAACUGGAGCGUAAUUACUUACAGACCACUGUCAUUAGAGUUCCCAGCGGCUUUGUCAGUGCGCUUUCGAGCCAUCCGAGCGAGUUUGAUUACGAAAAGCUUCUCGACGACGAUAAAGAACUGUGGUUGAUUCGCAUUCCGGAUAAUGUAAGCAUCAUUGGCGUAUUUUGGCUUCCAUGGUUCUCUUUUUUAUUUUUAAUCAACCGACAAAACCAGGUUACGGUGGAAGAAUUGGCUUCUAUGAAGAUCAAGGUUCCCAGUGCGUCGUCCCGGAAGGCGCUUGGCAAACUCAAGAAAGGUGAAGGUGACGAUGCCGAGUCUUUUGCCUUGUACAGAGUACCCAAGAAUACAGACAAAUCCAAUGCGAGCGAAGAGGACAACGAUAUUGGUAUCAGUGGCCAAGAAAUGAACGGAUUCACUUGUCUUGUACCGUCUCGAGAGAAGAAUGGACAGUUUGUUUUUGCUCCCAAGCCGUUUGCCCAGGAACUGAUUCUGGAUGAAGAGGUGGCUGUCCCCGAUUCGUUGGCGUUGGCGGAAGAGAUCAAGAAUCGUCCUGUCACCAAAAGAACGCAACCCGAAGGCAUGAAAAUGGAGUUUAAACCUUACGGCUUUGAUACCUGUGAGUAGUGCAUGAUCAUGGACGUAAAAAUAUUAAAUGGAAUAGUGGGCUCAUUCAUGGUUCUUUUGAUAACAAGUGGGACCGGAAGGUGUACGACGACCUGUUAGCCAGAGUGCGGUGGAACCUAAAGAGGUGAAAUCCGACAAGAAGAAAAAACGGGCAAAGGACGACGAUGAUAAACAAAAGAAGAAGAAGAAGAAAUCGGCAUAAAUCGAUGGCUGCGAACCCACGAUACGUAUCCAAAACAGGAGAAGAAGAAAAAAAAAAAGAGAGAAAAUACAAAAAUACAUUUCGCAUUUCCAUAUAUCAUUUCUCUUGUAUAUUACCUUUUUUUUCUUUUUUUUUAUUUUCUCAC